AUGUCGCAUCAACAAACUCUGCAACUGGACACCUUACCAGGUGAAAUACUGGAUGAGAUAUGUGAUUAUUUGAACAAGAAGGAGCUGAAAACAUUCCGACUGUGCACCAAGAGAAUAUCCUCUAUCGCGACCACGCACCUAGCGAAAGACUACAUGUUUAAUCUCUGCUCUCUCAUGACACGCCGCAGUCUGGAGAAGCUGGCUGAAAUCUGCGCGCAUCCUCAGUUUGGACCUCAUGUCAGGAAGGUUCACCUCUCUUCCGGCCGCGUUCAUCCCCGAGAGAUGCGUGCACUUAUCGAGAGAGUUGAAGACAUGCAAAGACGAAUCCCAGCUCCGACGUCAGCUCAAGUCAAGCGAGCGAAAGCAAAGAUGCAAGAUGCCAUGAACAGAUCUACGAAAGAGUACGAACUCGAAGCUUUGGGAGAUGCGGUAGCACUGCUUUCUCGCGCAUUCGCUUCUCUUCGCGCUUAUCAGACGCCCAUCAUCUUGGAUGUCUCAGACUUUGAAGUGCCCCGAUGGGACCCAGUCACCAUGUUCCUCGACAGAUACAACCACUUCCAUGGAGAACCGGAGCUUUGUUUCAAGUCAACCAUGGAGCCUUGCCUUCAAGCAAUCUUCCGCACGAAGAUGCAGUUCGCCGAGCUUGAGUUGACCGUCGAUGCACUCUCAAUCGACCCUGAUGAAAGAGGUUAUAACACGAAAGACAUGAGUUCAGAAGAUCUAGAACUGUUGUCUAGCCUAAAGUCCGUGUCUCUCGACAUGAACAAUACGUUUGACGACGCUGGCACUCUAUCUACUGGGCAUAUACUAUCAUAUACCCAUCAACUCGAGGAUCUGACGUACAGACAAGGAUGUGAUGACCUCAAUCGGGAUGAUUGGCUUACACCAGAGCAACAACCUGAACUCUUGCGCAGUCGACAAUUCGAACGUGCCGAUAUCGUACUCGGAUCUGUCAAUUCUGAUGGCUUGAAGUCCUUGUGGCUGGAGUACACCCCAAUAUCUUAUCAUGUUCUUGUCCAGCUAUUGGAAAGGCAUGCCGAUACCUUGAUCACUAUCCACAUUGCGCACACUUGCCUGCGCGACGGCACAUGGGCCGAGGUUUUCUCGUUGGCUCAGAAGGCUUGUCGGUUCGUGACCAGUCUUGAUGCCAUCAAUCUGAGCCAGGCCAGACCAGAUAUAAGGGAUGGCGACUACCGCCCACUUCUGUUGCCCGAAGAAUUGUCUCUUGAGUCGAGCGAUGGUCGAGUAGGAGUAAAUGAAGUUCUUGACAAACUUACCCUCGCUCCUUCUCNNUUGGAAGUAUUGGACAUAAUGGAUAGAAGGCUACGAUCGCAAACCAUGGACAUAUCAGAGCUAGCUCCAUGA